AUGCGAGAAGUCCUGGGGCAGUCCUCUCCCCCCUGCGAUCUGCCAGGCAGAGCUGUGUACGCCCAUCUCAGGCAGAUGUUCGCCAGAAAUGCCGACGAGCGUGUGCGGCCCUUUGAUUGGCCCGCUUGGUGCGUGCCAGGAGAAGAGGCCCGCGUGGACACGCUCGUGAGUCCCCUCACACAGGAGGAGGUGCUCGCACGCCUGAGAAGGACACACAGCUCUGCGCCGGGUCCCGAUGGUGUCACCUAUGGAAAUUUGAAGAAAACAGACCCGAAGGCCUCCAUGCUCACGGCAGUAUUCAACGCCUGCCUGAGGACAGUGCUGGAGGAGAGCAGACGCCAAGGCAAGGACCUCAUCAUGGACUGGAUGGACCUGUCCAACGCGUUCGGGUCGAUUCCGCAUGCCACCAUCAUGGACGCGGUCGCCGGUAUGGGGAUCCCCUCGAGGAUCCGGACCAUAAUCCACCAGUUGGCCACCGGCGCCGCGACCACCGCCAAAACCAUUGAUGGCAUGUCGGAAGAGAUCCCGAUCGAAGCGGGGGUCAGACAGGGCUGCCCAGCCAGCCCAAUCCUCUUCAACAUCGCAAUAGAGCGGGUACUUCGCAAAGUCAAAACCGUCAACGCGGGGUACCUGCUCUAUGGGAGCCGCAUUAGCACGCUGGCGUACGCCGAUGACCUGGUGCUAAUUGCGAGCUCCCCAGAGGAGAUGAGGUCCUUGUUGCGUGCUGCGGACGACGCCGCAAUAGAAGCCGGUCUGCACUUCAACCCCGGGAAGUGCGCGACCCUACACCUCACGGGGAAGAAAUCCUCGCGGAGGCCAGUGCAGACCGGCUUCCUCGUCCGUGGCACGCCAAUACCGGCAAUGACAGAGGGGGAUGCCUACGAAUAUCUCGGCAUCCCCGUGGGUCUAAACGUGGACCAAACACCCAGGGCAGCGAUGGAAGCGAUAGUUGGGGACAUCGCCAAGAUAGAUGACUCGCUGCUCGCCCCGUGGCAAAAGAUCGACGCGGCCCGCACCUUCGUGGCACCGAAGCUUGACUUCGUGCUACGAAGUGGCGCCACCUUGCGGGCCCCGCUGCGUCAUCUGGAUACAGCCAUAAAAGAACACAUCAAAAAAUGGCUGUAUCUGCCGCAGAGGGCGAGCGCGGAGGUAGUGUACACCCCGCUGAAGAAAGGUGGAGCGGGCAUACUACCUUCAUCUAUAUUGGCAACUAUCACCCAGGCUCACCGCAUGGUGUCCUGCCCUGGGGAGGUCGUCUCCCGGAUUGCAAGAGAAGGCCUGAGAGAAGCGGUAAAACGAAAAAUAAACCGGGAGCCAUCCGGCGACGAGAUGGCCCACUUUCUCUCAGGCUCCACUCUAUCCGGGGAGACAGCCAGCUUUGGCGACGCCGGAUUCUGGUCGAGGGUGCGGAUGACCACCAAAAGGCAAGCUGUGCAUCUGGGGGUGCGUUGGGCCUGGAGAGGAGGUGAGCUACUGGUCGAGUGUAGAGGACAAAGAAACCGACCAGUGGCCACCGACUCGAACUCCAGGUCCCAACUCAUCCAACGUCUCAGGUGCGCAGCUCAGGAUGAGUUCCUGACCAUCCUCCUAAAUAAACCCGACCAGGGGAAGGUGGCGAAGCUCUCCACGCUAACCCCAAGCCCGACUGGGAGUCCUCCCAGUCAACGGAGCGAUCCGAUGGGGCAGCGGCGACAAGCGCUGCGGGUCUGUGGAUAUCAGCUGGAGAGCGUUCCACACGUGUUGUGCCACUGCAUGCACCACUCAAACGCAAUACAGCAGAGGCACAACGCGGUGAUGGAUCGCCUCGCCAAGGCUGGCUCACGGCUGGGGACCCCCAGGGUGAACUGCCGCGUGGAAGGGGUCGCCGAGGACAUGGCGGCCCUCAGGCCGGACCUGGUAUGGCGCGACGAACGGAGCAGAAAAAUCGUCAUAGUUGACGUGACUGUUCCGUUCGAGAACGGGACUGAAGCGUUUGAUAACGCGAGGGGCGAGAAAGAAGAAAAAUACCGCCCCCUAGCUGAAGCCCUGCGCGCCAUGGGAUACCAGGUAAAACUGGAGGCAUUCAUUGUCGGAGCCUUGGGCUCGUGGGACCCUAAGAACGAAAGGGUCCUCAAGACUUUGGGUGUCUCCAGGUUUUAUGCUGGCCUGAUGCGCAGACUGAUGGUGGCCGACACCAUCAGGUGGUCCCGGGACAUCUAUGUGGAGCAUGUAUCCGGGAUCAGGCAGUUCACCCUGCCAAGUGAAGCUCCCUCCAAUUAA